AUGCUUUUUCUGAAGAUGGACCUGCUGAACUACCAGUACUUGGACAAAAUGAACAACAACAUCGGCAUUCUGUGCUACGAAGGUGAAGCUGCCCUUAGAGGAGAGUCCAGGAUGCAGAGCCUCCCUGUGACCUCUGCCUUCACCAACCACCGCACAGGUCCUCCUCCGAUCAGUCCCAGCAAGAGAAAGUUCAGCAUGGAGCAAGUGGACGAUGACCUAGACUGUAAAAGUGACCACGUUUCCAAGAUGAGUCGUAUCUUCAGCCCCCAUCUGAAUAAGACAGCUAACGGUGACUGCCGGAAAGACCACCGGGAACGUAGCCGCAGCCCUGUUGAGCGUGCAGUGGCCCCCACCAUGAGCCUGCACAGCAGCCACCUAUACACAUCCAUCCCCACCCUCAGCCUGGACCAGCCCCUUGCCCUGACCAAGAACAGCACAGAGCCCAAUAGGCCGAUGGGUGUCUCACCCACCCUGGCCCCAGCCGAACGGCAGCAGAACCGGCCCUCUGUCAUCACAUGUGCCUCUGCCAGCAACCGCAACUGCAACCUCUCCCACUGCCCCAUGGUGCACAGUGGCUGUGUGGCUUCCCUGCCCACCAGCUACCGGAGACCCCUGAAUACAGCCACCACCUGUGAUCCGGUGGUGGAGGAGCAUUUCCGCAGGAGCCUGGGCAAGAACUACAAGGAGCCUGAGCCAGCACCCAACUCCGUGUCAAUCACUGGCUCCGUGGAUGACCACUUUGCCAAAGCCCUUGGCGACACGUGGCUUCAGAUCAAAGCAGCCAAGGAUGGUGCCUCUAGUAGCCCGGAGCCAGCCUCCCGGAGGGGCCAGCCCACCAGCCCCUCAAGCCACAUGGUCAGCCACAGCCACUCUCCUUCUGUGGUCUCAUGA